AUGUCGGUUUAUCACGUGACUUCUGAUAUCAUUUUCUACGAGGAGAGGCACUUCCAGGGCCGUUCGUUCGAGAGCAGCGGCGACAGCUCGGACCUGCUCUCUCACCUGAGCCGCUGCAGCUCGGUUCGCGUGGAUAGCGGCUGCUUCGUGGUUUACGACCGACCCAACUUCACCGGGACGCAGGUGUUUCUGAGGAGAGGAGAGUAUCCCGACGUGCAGAGGAUCUGGAGUCAGAGCGGGAUGGGAGGAGCCACUCAGAUGGACACGAUCCGCUCCUGUCGCAUCGUUCCUAUGCACAGGGGUCAGUUCCGGAUGCGCGUUUACGAGCGUGAAAACCUCCUGGGUCAGAUGCACGAGCUGAUGGACGACUGCGAGUCUCUGCAGGAGCGAUUCUACAUGUCCGACUGCCAGUCCUGCCACGUGAUGGAGGGGCACUGGCUGCUCUUCGAACAGACCAACUACAGGGGGCGCCAGUUGUACGUGCGCCCGGGGGAGUACCGCAACCUCCGGGACAUAGGGGGCGGUAACAUGACCCGGAUCAGCUCCAUCAGGAGGAUCACCGACAACUGCUGA